GUUUAUGCCAGUAAUAAGAGUAUGAUGGCACGACUGCUGCGAGACGCCUGUGAGGACGAGCUGCAGCUGCCUCGUUUAGAGGGCCUCACGCCGGUUCAAAUUUUCCUUGAAAUGGGUCUAGCACGCUUGCGAAGAAAAUGCAUGGAUAACUUCAUUGGCAAAGGUUAUUUUGAAAGUGUUUACGAUAUUACAAGUGUAUUUGACAUCUGCAUAAAGAAGGAUCCACAGGACCAGGCUGAUGCCUUGUUCUUGCUGUACAAUGGCGUAUUAAUGAUGAACAUCUUUGCACAGCAUGUUCUGAUGCGAUACAGCAGCCUCAAAUUAUCGCCAACGGCAGAGGGAGUAACAGCCGAAAUGAUCGAAAAAUUGAACUUCACAGUUGAUUCAAAUAUAUCUUUUGCAGACGUUUCUGAUGUCAUCCGUACUUGCAAGAUUCCAAAAAUAUGGAAAUCAGAAGUUACAAUUGAGACUUCUGAUAAACAGGAUUGGCUUGCACGCGGUAUGGUCUUAUGUUCACGAGAAGAUCCUCCUUCGUGGAUCCCGAGUGCAGACUGUAUCGAGCAGCCCAACUGUGGGCAGAUCUCAGAAGUACAGGAUCGUUCAUGGGUUUGCGCGGAGCAAAUUGAGGAAGCGAAGACCAGCUGA